AUGGGUCGUAGUCGAGAUCGUUCAUAUUCAAGAUCACCCUCACGUUCUCGUUCUCAUUCACGUUCAGGAUCACUUUCAUCAACGAGCUCUGGUCGAGCAGCCAAAGCACGAAAUUGGAAUGGUGAAGGUGGUUAUCGUUUGCAUUUAUCUGAUUUAGCAAUCGGUGUAAGUCGACAUGAAAUAGAAAAAAUCUUCCGACCUUAUGGACCAUUGAAUGAAGUUUGGGUUGCUUCAAAUCCACCGUGUUUUUCAUUUAUUAAUUUUCGUCAUCGAGCUGAUGGUGAAAAAGCAUUGAAAGAGCUUGACGGAAAACUUAUUGGUGGUUCAAGAAUUGGUUUAAGUUGGGCUCGUGCAAGAAACUAUGGUGGACGGCCACUUCAUUCACUACGCUAUCGUUCACCAUCACCUUCACAUCGUCGUACUUAUGGAGACUCAUAUCGUAGUCGUCGUAGCGAUGAUCGCUAUAGUAAACGUCGUUAUUCAAGAAGUCGAUCGCGUAGUCCAGAUUAUCGACGAUCAGGUGGUAGCUAUCGAAGACGAAGUUCAAGUUCUCGAUCAAGAUCUAAAUCAAGAACACGAUCACCAUCGCCUAGAGUAAAAGAUACUCGCCAUGAAAAACAUGCAAAAACAUCGAAACGAGAAGAUGAACGUCGUCAUCGUCGUCGAUCAGAAUCAACUUCAGCUAGUGAUGAUAAUCGUUCACCGUAUCAAAAUAAUGGAAAACAAAUGUCACGCACUCCAAGUAGUGAACGUCACCAAGCAACAGCAUCAAACGGCAUUAAUCAUAGCCAUAUCAAUGAUCGUCAUACAAAUAUUCAAGUGGAGGAAGAAGAUUAA